CGUCACUAAAAAGCGCCUGCACCGGUGUACGUCACCGGAAGUGGCUUUUACGAUUAACCAAGCUAGCAUCGGACGAUGAAGAGCUGAGACCGGACUAUUUGGUAGGUUGAGAAGGGCAGGAUGGGCAGGCAGAGAAAGAGGGUGGUGACCAGCGAGGCUGCCCCUCUUCUGAGAAAAGAUGAGAAGCCCCCAGUGUUCCACCGCAAAGAGAAAAAAAAGAAAGUCGACAUUGGCAAAAUUUUCAUCAACAUCUCAAUAGGCCUUUCUGUGGUCAGCCUGGGCUGGUUCUUCUAUGCCCUAUACAUGAGAUCCAGUCUGGCCAAACGGGUAGUGACCUUGCACACGUCACCUCGUGUUCUUGAUGCCAAUUCCAGCAGUGCCCAAGUCUCCCCAGAGAGGUUCUGGGGUUCUUACAGGCCUCAAGUCUAUUUUGGCAUGAAAACGAGGAGUCCAAGGUCAAUUGUGACAGGUAUGAUGUGGAUGCGGCAGUUUUCGGACAUGGAUGUAAUCCUGAGACACACAUGUGAGCAGGAAGAUCGCUUGCAGAGUUAUGGCUGGCUAAUGCAUGAUGGGGUCACGUUUGGCGUCCAGGAGAUCAGAGACAAUGAUUUCACACUGACCACAGAGUUUGUCAAGAGGAUGGGAGGAGAUCACGGUGGCGACUGGACCUGGAGAGUCACUGCUAAACAACAUAGCUCUGCCCCGAAGGCGCCAGUCAUCUCUCUGAUGUUCUACGCAGCUGCAGAUACUCAAGGCUCACUGGAGGCUCAUGUGGAGGAGAAAAGCCGCCUCGCUUCCAUUACUGGUGUCUCCGAAGAGCUUGGCAAUUUCAAAAUCACAUUCCGAAAACCAGUUACCGGGGAAUUAUCCAGUCCCAAAUAUGCAAGUUACAACUACCUUCAGACUGUCUCUCCCGGCUUGGAGAAGCUGACGACCAUUGUGAUGCACAGUCUGAAUCGCAGGUUUGUCUACAAUCCGCCAUCUGGUGAAAAGAGGCAUUACAUUGCUGUGGACACCUACAAGCCCCCUCAUCCCCAACAGAAACCCCCUGAUGCGAGAAAAGAGAGCGACUUUGUCGUUCACCAAGUCACCGUCCAAACACCAUUUCAAAUUGAAGUUCUUUUUGAGUCUGGUAGCUUCCACAGCCGGCAUGACCAGCUCGUGGGCCCGAUCAUGACAGAAGAGCUAGAGAAGAGGAAAGCCGAGUUUGACGCAAAGUUUGAAAAGACGUUUGGGCUUGAGAGGAAAGGCUAUAGUCAGCCACACAUCAAGUUAGGCAAAGCGGCACUCAGCAACAUGUUGGGUGGAAUGGGCUACUUCUACGGCCAGUCAGUGGUACAGUCCAUCUACAAUGAAUACCCGCUCCUGUACCCUGAAGGUGCGUUAUUUACUGCAGUCCCAUCCCGCUCUUUCUUCCCCAGAGGUUUUCUUUGGGAUGAGGGUUUUCACCAACUGCUGCUGAGUAAGUGGGAUCCGCAGGUGACAAGAGAGGCUGUUUCCCACUGGAUAGACUUGAUGAAUAUGGAGGGCUGGAUCCCCCGUGAGCAGAUCCUGGGAGACGAAGCUCACAGUAAGGUCCCUGCUGAGUUUGUAGUUCAGCGGAAUGAGAACGCCAAUCCGCCCACACUCUUUUUAGCUCUUGAGAAACUAAUUGAACAGUUCUCAUUAAAUCCAGCCAGCACUGAGUCUCAGCCAACCUUGCCUUUUCUCAGACGACUGUACCCCAGACUAAAAACCUGGUUUGAGUGGUACAACACCACUCAGCGGGGACCUCUGCUAAACUCGUACCGCUGGCGUGGACGAGACAAAGACACCAAUCUCUUCCUCAAUCCUAAGACUUUGACAUCGGGUCUUGACGAUUACCCACGGGCCUCACACCCUUCAGCCGAUGAGCGCCAUGUGGACUUGCACUGCUGGAUGGCUUUGGCCUCAGGCAUCAUGGCUCGAAUUGCUCAGCUUUUAGGUGAACCCCACCAGGACUAUGAAGUGACCCACAAAGUGCUCACCGACAACAACCUGCUGAAUGAGCGCCACUGGUCCGAACAACUUCGUGCUUUCUGCGACUAUGGCAACCACACUCAGGCAGUGACCUUGCAGCAGGAGGUGUACAUCCCCCCUGGACAACAUCGCCAUCAGUUCACCCCUGUUGCACGACUCGUGCGCCAUGUCCGCAAGGCUCCCAAACUCCAGUAUGUCAACGCUUUGGGUUAUAUUAGUUUGUUCCCUUUCUUACUGCACGUCCUCCAGCCGGACUCACCCAAAAUAGAACACAUUCUUAAUGACAUGAAGGAUCCCAAUAAGUUGUGGACACCUUACGGCCUGCGUUCCCUCUCAAAGACAGAUCCCAUGUAUAUGAAACGCAACACAGAACAUGAUGCCCCCUACUGGAGAGGGCCGAUAUGGAUUAAUGUAAACUACCUGGCAGUGAGAGCCCUUCACCACUAUAGCAACACAAAGGGGCCAUAUCAAGAACAGGCAGCCGCUCUUUAUGAGGAUCUCAGGACAAGCAUUAUCAGUAAUGUGUACAGACAGUACACUGAAACAGGCUAUAUCUGGGAACAGUACAGUGACACCACUGGCAGGGGUCAAGGAAGCCACCCCUUCACUGGCUGGUCAUCCCUAACAUUGUUAAUGAUGGCUGAACAGUACUAAUACCAUUUUGUCAAGUGAAGUCUCCACAGUUUGUGGAACUGAAGAAAGAAUAGAAAUUCUAGGUGCAAUCCAUGAAUUUACCAAUUCACCAAUAGCCAUCCAGGUUUUUAAUGUGUAAAAGUACGUACAAUGUGUAGGUGCCCUGUCUGUAUGGAGCCAUUCAUAUACCAAAACAUGAUUUUAGCAAACUUUAAAUAUGAGCCAUCAAGACAAAUGCUUAUUUGUUGAUUAUAUCUGGACUUCAUUCCUCCAUUUAACCUAAUCUAUGGUGCAUACGUAUAUGAACUUUCAUUUGACAAUUUGAGUCAUUUGUGUUGUUCUCUAUGUCGUCAUUGUGGGUGCUUAUUUUGAUUAUUUAAUUGAAUCGUCUUUUAUAAAUAAUCAGCCUUCCUUCAUUCAUUGACUGCUUUUGAAAGCAGUGCUAUUUUGCAUGUGAAGCCUGUAUUUUGACUGGCAGGGUUCAGCAUUUACUGUGGCAUUAAACAUGAAUCUCAACAUUGAUUAAAAAUAAUAAAUGAUUUGAAUAAGUAUUUGCCUAUAUACUUUCAGAUUUGAAUAUUGGACUUCUC